UGGAAGUUUGGACAACUAGAGAUUUGUCUUGAUUUUUCAGUAUCAGUGUACCCUGUCCCAGUCAAGUCUGUCCUCAGUAUGAAUGGCAAAGGCUGAGAUGCCAAUGAGCAAACCCAUCCCAGCCCUCUGGACAUUGUCUACAGGCAGAUGCAGGUCCUGCAGAAUUGUUUUGGAUUAUUGCAAUACUGAGAAUAGCUGUCAUUCAUAGAGAGACAAGCUGAAGAGGAAAAGAGUGAGGAAGACCAUCGAAGAAGGAGAAGACAUGGGAAAAGGUUUGAUGAACUGAGGGGCUAAUUCUUUCAAGCUCAGAGCACAGGAGCUGUGUGUGGAGGGUGUUGGAAGGAAGUUGGGUGUAGUCAGUGGAUACCAGAGAAGGAUGACUGAUCUUAAUGCUGGGGACUCCCUCAGAAUCUGUUUCAGUUUUCUUCCCACAACCUGCCUUUAUUCUGACCAUCAACGAAUGACACUUUUCUAUUUUCAUUUGCCAUUGGGUGACAAAGACUCUGCCGCCAAUUAGAAUUAAGGCUCUCCUUUUAUGUAAUGUGAGUUGGUCUCAAUGUUUUACCAUUGACCAUGGAAAUGUAUGUGCGGUCUCUACUUUUGUUGGGUGUCCUGGUCCUUCCAGAAACUUGGGCUGGCUCUCACUCCCUGAAGUAUUUCUACGCCGCCAUGUCUCAACCCGGGCAAGAAAAACCAAGGUUCAUCGCUGUGACCUACGUGGACGAUCAACAGGUUUUGAGCUUCGACAGCGACCGCGAGAGCCAGAGCCCGGAGCCCAGGACCCCGUGGAUCGAGCGGGAGAUCCCCGAUUACUGGGAGAGGGAGACGCGGAUCUCCAGGGAAGCCACGCAGCGUUAUCGAAUGUGCCUGCAGAAAGUGUCUGGGUACUACAACCACAGCGAAGGAGGGGUUCACACAUACCAGAGACUGUCAGGUUGCGAGGUGUUCUCCAAUGGGAGCUUCAGCCGCGGCUUCGUGCAAUACGCCUACGACGGACAGGACUACCUGGCGCUGGAUACCGAGACGCUGCAUUGGAUCGCUGGGAAUGCAGGGGCCCUGAACAAUAAGCGUAAAUGGGAAGCGGAUCCAAGCGUUGCGAAAUAUUGGAAGGGCUAUAUGCAGGAGGAGUGCGUGUACUGGCUUCAAAGAUACCUGCAGAACGGAGAGGAGACACUGCUUAGGACAGAUCCGCCCUCCGUACAAGUGACCCGACACACAAAUUCUGACGGGGAAGUGACCCUGCGGUGCCGGGCCCAGGGCUUUUACCCUGCGGAGAUCUCCCUGAUUUGGCUGAGGGAUGGAGAAGAACAGCUCCAGGAGACGGAACUCAUUGAGACCAGACCUGCGGGAGAUGGGACCUUCCAGAAGUGGGCAGCUGUGGAGAUCCUCUCUGGAAGCGAACAGAAAUAUACCUGCCGAGUUCAGCAUGAGGGACUACCUGAGCCGCUCUUCCGGAAAUGGGAGCCGCAGUCCUCUGCCGCAGGGCUUUCUGCUGCAGUCAUCACUGCUCUCCUCCUCCUCCUGGCUGCAGUCAUUGCAGGAGUUGUGAUCUGGAGGAAAAAUGCUUCAGAUAGAAAAAGAGGGAGCUAUACUACAACUGCAAGCAGUGAUAGUGCCCAGACACCAGAUGUCUCUCUUACAGCAAAAGCCUAAGGGAACUGCCUUAUGUGGAACAGAGGGAAACAAACAAACACACCACAUAGAGGCACCUAUUUCUCCAUUUCCUUUCUCAGUUCCGUUACUGUGUCCUCCCUUGACUGGCCUCUGUGAUGAAGCCCAUAUACCUACCAGCCAAACCUUAUGGUAGACAGCAUUGGUGCCCUCACCCCAUUAUUUUGUGCCUUCUCCUCAUCCACCUGCUUUCUCUUUGUUCUGCCAGAAUUUGCAGGGAGAAAAUUAGAGGGGGUGGGGAGCAGAGAGGUUUUAGACUUUUCAUUUCUCCCUGGUUGUUAAACAGACGUCUGAUCUUUUUCUUUAGAGAAAUAACUUUUCCCCUAAACACUGCUUUGGUUGCAUCCCAUAAAUGUUGGCGUGUUGUCUCAUUGUUGUCAUGCUCUUUAAUUAAAUUAUUGAUGGUUUCUAUGAUUUGUUCUUUGACCCACUUAUUCUUUAUGCUUACUGAUCUUUUUUUUCAUAUUUGCUUAAUGAAAGGAAAUACAUUGUGAAUAAUUUUUCUUGAUGCCUCAGUUCCAUACCCCCCCACUUAAAUUAGAUUCGUGAGGUGCAUGCAUGCUUGUGUUUGGACCCCAAUUACAAGAUCAUAUUUCUUCCUACCCUCAAAACACUAUCCCUGACAGUUUUCUUUCCAGUCCAAGAACACUAUGCCUACCAAUUACUUAUGAGUGGAUCCCAGUGAGACAAAGUACCUUUCCCCAUUACAAGAACAAACUGACCUUUGAAGAAUUUCCCUUGUAUGAAUAGGACUAUCUUGUACCAGCAGAACUAUCAUGUAUUGAUUUUCACAGUUGUCAUAUACAAUCAAGCUAUAGAUGUCAACUCUCAAAGCUAUCUUGCUACAUAUGUAACAGAUAUAAAAUCCACCCAUUAGGAUUUCCUUCUGGUUUCCAGUAGUGAAUGAUGCCUAUGUUAUAUUAUCACCUAAUUCGUAUAUCUGCCAGAUAAUCCAUUACUUUUCCUACAUAAGCUUUAACAUCAUUCCUGUUAAGUUUAAGUUUCAAGUUCCUUAGGAGCUCCGCUUGCCAUAUUGGAAUUAAAAUAAACUUUUGCCACCUUGACUUAAGGAAUGCUAGAGUCUGUGAAUUUAUUCCAGAUGACCUUCUCCUAUGCU